CAGUCAGCAGGUGAUAGAAGAAACGCAAUGCACCUGCACAAAGUGAUGCGACCCAGUCCGCGCCUGAGAGGACACGCUAUUCCUCCACAUAUUGGUUGAGGAGCUGUCAGUCUCCCACUGGCCAUCACCAGCAGCAGCAGCAGGACGCAGGAGAUGAUCAAUGCCCCGUGUUGCGAUGGCAGCCCUGUCUCCUUGGUAACCGGAGCCGGAGGGGUGAUGCGUCCCUGGUGACGGACGGGCAGGAAGCGCGUCAUCGUGAGGCCCCUCCCACCGGUGGCCGGGCGGGAGCAGCGGGUGUUUGCACGCUGGACUGCAUGCAUCCUAUAAAGAUUCGGAGACGCAGACCCACUCCUGCUACUCUUGUCCUCAGCAGUGACCAGUCGUCUCCAGAAAUAGAUGAAGAACGUAUCCCAAAUAAUUUGCAAAAGUCUACACUGUCUAUGUCCCCACAUCAAAGGAAAAAAGUAACUCGCACAACACCUACUAUGAAAGAACUCCAGCUAUUAGCAGAGCAUCAUUUCUGCAAACAGGGCUCAGAAGAUGAAGGUACCCCACAGAGUCAGAACAGUGUGGAUAACAGACCCGGCUUGGGAUGCUGUUGCCAUGGUAACACACCUCCAAUUCAAGCCUCUCAGCAGAUGAGCUCAUGUAGCUGCUAUACGCAGGACGGACAACAGGAGAAUAACUCACUGGGGAGGAAACAAGAUAGUCAGUUAGACUCUUCAGAAGGAAUGUGUGAUAGACAAACACACACAGACACCAAGGAGACAAAGGAAAAAGAACAGCACAGCAGCCACAUACCAAUUGCACAAGACAAAUAGGUCUCCAAGCAACAAUUCAACAAGUGUGUCUGGAGCCAGGAAAGGAAGUUACCCUCUUCAAUGCGGGUGGAACUAGACAUACAGGAUCUGGAAAAGUCUUUUUUUUUUUUUUGGGGGGGGGGGGGAAUAAUACUUAAUGAUACAUCUCUGCUGCUGGGAAGCCUGAUUCUGCACUGAGGCUAGAGCAAUAAGUUGGAGGCCACCUCAAAGCACAGAAUACCCAGCAUUAUACCGGACACACAUUACGUAUGUCUGUCUUACUCCAUUAUGAUUUUAUGCAUAGAAAUUUGAAAAUGGUGCUAGGCCAACAAAUUGACGUUUGUAUCUAUUUUAUAAAAACAAAUCAUCAAUAAGUAAAUAUUUGGGCCUAAAGUUAUUCUCUGUUUAGAUUUGUCUAAGGAUCUCAUUGAAUGUGCUCGAUUGACAUGUUAACCCAAUGAAAAGGCGCAAUAUCAGAACACCUGCGGGUGAUUAACUUCCACCUUCAGACAAUUCUGUCAGAUAAUUUGUUUAUAUCUGUUACCCUUGGAUACAACAGAUAAGCUCAAGUCUGUGCAGUGGUACUGCACAAUACAUCUGUUGUCAUAACUCGGAGAACAAAACUAAAAAAAUACACAACUCUGCCUGGAGGGAUAAUUAUUUGAAGAUGGAGAUCUCCAUUAAUCCCCUGGUAACAAAACACUAAUGAAUUCACAAUGACACAAUAUUCUACGAAUACAGCAGACAUUCACUUAUACACUUCAUCUACUCUGCCUGCUGGGGAUUUGUUGAUGGGAGCACCUAGUUAGAUUUUUCCUGUUUGUCAUAUAACAGUAUACCAUUAAUGCCAAUUUAUUCAUGGUGAUAAAAUAAAAAAUGCUUCAACUGGUUUUAA